GCGCUCCGCGUUACGACUUAUUUAUUCACCUGCGCGAGACCUCAACAUCCGCGUAGACUGUUCGUCAGGAGGGAAGGUCCAUCGUUGCUGUCGCCGUGGAAAGCUACGGAUAUGUGGUAGGCGAAGCAUUGGAGCAAUUCAUUCGUUACAUUUACGCUCUCUGUCCACUCGUUUGCCUAUCUCGUACUUGGAGCGUGCCCAUCCAGCAAGAUGUACAUCAGUCGAUCCUCGCUCGUUGCCGUUCUCGCAGCUCUGUCCGCUAAGCUAGCAUUGGCCGCCACGGAUGAAUCUCUAACAAAGAGAGCGUCGGAUCUCGAGUUCUUUAUCUCAUCAGAAUCGACCACAGCGUUGAACGGCGUUCUCGCCAACAUUGGCCCAGACGGUGAUCGCGUGCCCGGAGCGGCGUCUGGAGUUGUCGUAGCCAGUCCGUCCAAGCAGGAUCCUGACUAUUGGUAUACCUGGACCAGAGAUGCUGCAUUGACGUUUAAGUGUCUGGUCGACAAGUUUGUCAAUGGCAACCACUCGCUGCAAGGCCAGAUCCAGAAUUAUAUCUCCGCCCAGGCAAAGAUACAGGCCAUCCAGAAUCCCUCCGGAGAUCUCUCGUCGGGGGCUGGACUGGCUGAGCCGAAAUUCUACAUCAAUGAGACUGCUUUCACUGGAGACUGGGGCCGGCCACAGCGAGAUGGUCCAGCAUUACGAGCCACAGCUCUGAUCGGAUACGCCCAAUGGCUGAUCGACAAUGAUCACACAGAUGUUGCGCUUUCCAAUGUCUGGCCCGUCGUGACCAAUGACCUUUCCUACGUCACUCAGUAUUGGAACAAGACCGGGUAUGAUCUGUGGGAAGAGGUCGAUGGAUCGUCUUUCUUCACUAUCGCUGUCUCUUCCCGAGCCCUAAUUGAAGGUUCAGCGUUGGCAAAGCAACUAAACAAGACCUGCGAAAGCUGUGAUGAGAUAUCUGCGGAUAUUGCCUGCUUCCAGCAGAGUUUCUGGACGGGAGAGUAUAUCAAAUCGAACAUCAAUCUGGUCUAUGAGAACAACAGAACUGGAAAGGAUGCCAAUUCCAUCAUCGCUUCCAUCCACUUGUUCGAUCCCAAGGCGAGCUGUGACGACUCGACAUUUCAGCCCUGCUCCCCACAGGCCUUGGCGAAUCAUAAGGCUGUUGUCGAUUCCUUCAGAGAUCUAUACACUGUCAACAAAGGGAUAAAGCAAGGUUCCGCUGUCGCUAUUGGCCGCUACGCUGAGGACGUUUACUACGACGGCAACCCAUGGUACCUAUGCACUCUAGCAGCGGCUGAACAGCUUUACGACGCCCUAUAUCAAUGGAGCAAACAAGGCUCCAUCGUAAUCACUGACCAGUCAUUGCAUUUCUUCCGCGACUUCGACUCAUCCGUCAAUAGCGGAACCUACUCCUCCUCUUCUGAUACUUACACCUUCCUCACGAAAGCCAUCAGAACCUACGCAGACGGGUUCAUGUCCAUUGUACAAAAAUACACCCCCACCAACGGCUCGCUUUCUGAACAAUUCUCCAAAGAUGACGGGAAGCAGACGUCCGCCAUCGACCUGACCUGGUCAUACGCAGCCUUCUUAACGGCCGUUGAACGACGCAACGGCACAGUCCCUCCAAGCUGGGGCGCAUCUGAGAAUGGCAAGCUUCCCACCACAUGCGCCUCGACCACUGUCAACGGAACCUAUCACGAAGCAUCAGUCACCUCGUGGCCAAAGGGAUUGACCGGAAGCAGUAUCGCCAGCAGCAGCUCCAACGAUACUUCCGCAUCUGGCACCUCGACCGGUUCUGCUGCAACGUCCAGCAAGAGCAGUGGCGCCUCAAAGGCCCUCAUGAGCUCUUCCAUGGGACGCACGAAGACCUUUGCAUCUGCUUUUCUUUCAGCAUUGGCCAUGUUAAUAUACACCUAAGGAACUAUUUUUGCACAUCUAGUGGUUUUUUUUUUUUUUUUUGGAUCUGAAAGUUGGGUUCAAGGAGAACCUGCUCUCUGGACUAUUUUAUCUAAUAUUCUCUUCUUCAGGUUUUGGUAUAUGCUGUUGUUUGGAUAUAAUUAAUCAUUGACUCAUGACAUACUGGACGCUGUGGCAGAUCCUUCUUUUUUGAAAUCAAAUCAUGAGUGAAUCUGUUACGAGGGAUGUUACUUACGCGUACACGCAUGGACAUGAGAACAAGAGGAAUUAAAUAAUAAUUUCGAACGGACCAUAUCAAAAGCUC